AUAUCUGUACUGUAUAUUUAAACAUAUACACAGUACUGUACAAAAGUCUUAGACAGAAAAAAUGUUCAUGUUUUUCAGUAUAAUUUGCAUCGCAAUAUGACACAUUAAUGCCAUCAUCAGCAAAAAAAGCCAAGGAGUGGCCAUGAAACAAACGCUGGUCUUGCAUGGUGGACAAGACCUCCGAUUAUAUGCCCCCAUAAUGCACCGCGCCUCUGCUCAUAGAAAGCGAGGGGAAAAAAGCCCAGAGAGCCGGGCUGGCAGCCCUGUCUAUAUACCCAUAAUGCAUCGCGCCCUGUGCUCGUAGGAAGAGAAGGAAAAAUAAGCCCGAGCGCCUGUUCGCCUUCACUCGCAUCGUCGCUGGCCAUAUAUUCGAGCACCUUUGUGGUGCCGCUGAAUAGUCGAUGCCUAGAGUUUUAUGCGCCUCUGUCGGCCCUGUGGCUGGAUAAUUCAAAGCGGCCGCCCGCCAUUUCGCUGCUGAUGCACGGCGUCCCUCUAGGCUCCAGCGCAUUGGGGCGGCAGCACUGCCAUGAAUAGCGGGCUUCCAGCUUCCGCCGCCGCGCUUGGGGGGGCCGCCGUUCCCUGCGCCAAGGUGAAGCUCUGCCGCUACUACGCAAAAGACAAGACCUGCUUUUAUGGAGACGAUUGUCAGUUCCUGCACGAAGAGCCGUCCGCGGCCGGCCUGUCGGCGCACGGCGGCGCGAGCGUUCCGGCCCCUUUGGCCCUGAGUAGCGCUGCCGGGACCGCUGCCUACCCGCUAGGAGGAUCCGCCUCGGCCGCUGCGGGUACAAACGUACCCAAGAAGAACGACUCGGUGGGGGCUGGAGGCGCGCUUCUGGACGGACAGCUGCUGAGCCUCCCUGGGAUGGAUGGUGGAGCCCUGACUGAAUCCAGCCUGACUAACUCCUACUUCAGCAGCAGCUUUAUUGGAGUCAAUGGGUUUGGCAGUCCUGCAGAGCCCAAAUUCCCCAUGAUGCAGAGGAUGACCAGCAGCAGCAGCUCUCCAAGUCUCCUCAAUGACAGUAUGAAGAACUACAGCACACACGAUCCAGGUAAUUCCCCUGUAUCGACUCUCUUUGGGGACUUCGGUGCUCUGAGCCUGUCGCAAAGGAGAAAGGCUCCGAAUCCAGCCGCCAGCGAGUUCGUCCCCAAGACAGCCCCAGGCUCUUGCCUGGCCUCUGUGCCUCUUUCCGGUGCCCCCCCCUUCUCCUCCCCACUCUUUUCGCACUCAGGCAUGGGCAGCACUACUGCCUCCAGCCUAGCCCCAGGCAUGUCCCUGUCUGCUGGCUCCUCCCCGCUCCACUCGCCCAAAAUCACCCCCCACACCUCCCCAGCCCCCCGUCGUCGGAGCCACACACCCAGCCCUUACCCCGGGGCUGCCGGCUACACAGCCCUGGGAGACCUGGCGGCCACGGGAGCCGUGGGAGGUCAUGUGAUCCAGAAGGAGACAGUGGGUGGGACGACCUACUUUUACACGGACAGCACACCCUCCCCGAUGGCGGGGCUGGUGUUUCCUACCUUCCACAUCUAUCCCCCCACGCCCCCCCACGUGGCCUACAUGCAGCCCAAGGCCAAUGCCCCAUCCUUCUUCAUGGCUGAUGAGCUUCGCCAGGAGCUAAUCAACAGGCACCUGAUAACCAUGGCGCAAAUCGACCAGGCUGAGAACCUAGAUGUCCCGACUGAGGUUGAUAACUACCACAGCCUGUUUCCUCUGGAGCCCCUGCCUCCUCCCAACCGGCUGCAGAAAACCAGCAGCUUCAAUUACAUCACUUCCUGUUACAAAGCAGUUAACAGCAAAGAUGACCUGCCCUACUGCCUGAGGAGGAUUCACGGCUUCAGGCUGAUGAACACCAAGUGUAUGAUGCUGGUGGACAUGUGGAGGAAGAUUCAGCACUCAAACUUUGUCACGCUCAGAGAGGUCUUCACCACCAAGGCCUUCGGAGACCACUCCCUGGUCUUCUCCUACGACUUCCACGCUGGUGCAGAAACCAUGGCCGCCCGGCACUUUAACAACCCCACAGCCGACUGCUACUUCACCAAGAGGAAGUGGGCUGGCCAGCACGAACCUCCCCCGCCCCGGCAGCACGCCGGCUUGCUGCCCGAGUCACUCAUCUGGGCCUACAUUGUGCAGUUGAGCUCGGCACUGCGCACCAUUCACACUGCUGGCCUGGCCUGCAGACUCAUGGAGCCCAGCAAGAUCAUCAUCACCGGGAAGACCAGGUUGCGUGUGAACUGUGUUGGUGUCUUUGAUGUCUUAACGUUUGAUAGCAGCCAGUCAAACCCUUUGGCCCUGAUCCCACAGUACCAGGUAAAACCAUGUGGGUACCUGCAGUUUGUCUGUGCCCCCCGUGCGUGACGCCGUGCGGCCGUAUCUGUCUGUGCCCCCGUGCGUGACGCCGUGCGGCCGUAUCUGUCUGUGCCCCCGUGCGUGACGCCGUGCAGCCGUAUAUGUCUUUCCCCCCGUGCGUGAUGCCGUGAGGUCGCAUCAGUCUGUCCCCCCGUGCGUGACGCCGUGAGGCUGCAUCAGUCUGUCCCCCCGUGCGUGACGCCGUGAGGCUGCAUCAGUCUGUCCCCCCGUGCGUGACGCAGUGAGGCCGCAUCAGUCUGUCCCCCCGUGCGUGACGCCGUGCGGCCGCAUCUGUCUGUGCCUCCUUGUGUGACGCCGUGAGCAGAGUGCGAAUUACCCCUCCAUAAUUGGGGGGUACCGCCUUCAUAACACUGCUAUGACCAUUAUGGUCCGCUACCGUGUCAAUAUGAAUAGUCGCCACCAGGAUCAAUGUUAAGAGUGCAAGAUGCGCUAGGGGUGUUUACUAACGUGUGCAACACACGGUCAUGGUCUGGACAUGCAACACAAUGAGAAUCA